GGCGAACGUCCGUGAGAAAAAUUUGAAACGAAGGUGAGCUCUCAAAAUUUCCCUCUCUAGGGUUUUGGAAGAGGGUUCACCGUUUCGCACUCCCAAAUCAAGUUUAUCCGAACUGAACCUGUUUCAACUAAGUGAAGUGGCUCACAACUCCCGCGAAGCAAUCGCAGAAUCAGAAUGGCGUUUUCUCUCUUUUCAACUCCACAACCGCAGCAGCCUCAGCAGUUAUUUCAAUCACAACCGCAACUUUUUCAGCAGAGCAGCCCGUUGUUCUCACAACAGCAGCCCCAACAAUUUCAACUGCAACAGCAGCAGCAACCACAACAACAGCAGCAGCAGUUAAUGCAGCAACAGCAACAGCAACAGCAACAGCAGCAGUUGUUCAUUUUUACUAACGACAAAGCUCCUGCAAGUUAUGGUACUAAGUGGGCAGAUCUCCAUCCGGAUUCGCAGAAAAUUCUCCUUCAAAUCGAGGAACGCAUCUUGGAGUAUCGUGAUGAAAGUCAGAGACUGGAUCAAUGUAGUCGCCUCUACGAUUCUUCAGUUUCUAACGAUGGAUUUGAGCUUGAUGCAAGUCGAAUUGUUCAGGAACUUGGGGGAAUUAGUGCGUCUACUGAACAUCAAAAAGUAAUGCUUCAAGAACUGAUGGCUGCUGCAAAAGAGAUGCUUUGGAAUACAGAAGUUGCUAUUCGCUCUUUCAUGAUGAUACGCCCAAGGUUCCUUCAUCAGAGUGCAAGAGGUGCUUCAAAUCCCACUGCUCCGUCACAGGUUUCUGGAGCAACAACGCCAUUAGGACCUAGUGGUCAACCAACAUCUACCUCGAUUGCUCCAGUUUUUGACUUCUACAGUGGGCUCCCAAGAAAACCAUCUCCUUUUUUGCAGCAAACUGUUUCAAGAUUUGAGAAGUAUCUUGGUGAAUGUCGCCAGUGGAUUGAAGACUUAGAGCAACUCCUUAUUCUAGAUUCUAAUAGGAGUGCUUCCAAUUCUAGUUCCUCACUGUUUCAAUCACUACCUAAAAUCAUGUCAAAUGUGCACGAAUUCUUUGUUCAUGUGGCUGCCAAGGUUGAGAGCAUUCAUCAGUACAUUGAAUCAAUGAAGUCAGCUUAUCUUGCUGACCAGCGUCGCAGAGGUGAUGGAAACAAUCCAUUUCUUGAGGCUGAUCGAAGGGAAACUGCACGCCAAGAAGCGGCAGCUAAGAGGGCACAUCCGACUUUACAUUUGCCUGCAAAUUCACAACCAUCAACUCAAGCUGCUGGAUUACUUGCCAACUCAGGUAACCAUGGUGCAUCAACAAUACAACAAUCAUCUACAGUAGCUACACCAGCUUCUUCUGGGGGUGGAUUAUCACUUUUUAGCACUCCCUCUGCUCCAUCCACUACAACAUCUUCUCUUUUCAUGACACCUACAGCAUCUGUUCAAACAUCCUCUCUCUUUGGUUCUUCUAGUGCGGCAGCUCCCUCCCUUUUUGGCUCGUCAUCUGCACCAUUGUUUAGUUCUGCUAGUACUCCCUUUGGCAGUACUGCUCCAUCUUUUGGGCAAUCUGCUUCUGCAGGAAGUUCAUUAUUUUCAACGCCCUUUGCUUCAGGCGCUGCAACAGGAUCUGGGGCUAGCUUUGGGGCAACUUCGAAAUCGUCAAAGCCAAAGUCCCGAACUGCACGACGCUACUGAUCACAAGUGACAAUGUAAGACUAUUACCAGCCACAUUUAAUAACUGUUGAAAAAAAAUAGCCAAAGAUUAUGAGAAACAUCAGUACAUCAUCGAGGAGGAGGCCAUCGGAUAAUAUUUUACUGGCAGUAGAAAGCCUAGAGGUAUCUGAAUCUUUCUUGUAAAGUUUAAGAAAAUUGGAAGGCUUUUAUCAAAACAUCCACCAUUGCUCAUUGCUUUCUGAAAGAGAUCGGAAGGCGACCAGAGAAUUUUCUGUAACUCUGUAGAAUACAGCAUAGAUGCGGUCAAUUCUUAUGAAAACUCAAAGAACAAGACUUGUUUUUCUUGUGAUGCGAUUGAUUCAAGGGGAGCUAACGCGAUAUAUCUUCCUUAUCUCACGCCAUUCUUGGCAUUUUUAGUAGCCUGCUGUACAGAAUACUUGAAUUGCGGUUUCAGGAAACAAGAAUAUGCUCAAGUGGAAUCCUUUUUACAUUCCAAAAAUGGAGUGUCCUAUCGGAUAUUCUUCUUGGACCUGUGGUGGUGGCUGCUUCACAGCGGCCAUCGGGAUUGACAAGUUAUACCUCUUAAUUGGUCUAUAUAUCAACGUAUCUCUACAGCAUGUUUUAAAUUUAUUUACUUGAAUUACUCACAUAUGCAUUACUUGUGUAAUUUGUGUACUGAAAUUAUUAGUAGUGAGUUUUCGUCCUUUUUUUACUCUAUAUAUUUAUAUUUUCAUUUGGUGUCA